AUGAUGGCGCAAUCUGGCGCAAUGAUGGACGAGCGCAUAAAAUGGCGUGGAUUCCGGGAGGCGAGCGCCCUGCCCAUUCCUCCAAAUGACACGCCAAAUGACUGCUGCUUCAGCUUCCCUCCUCUAGCUAUGUUCAUCAAGCAGUUCAUUGCGGGGCCAUUGGCCUAUUUCUUUUGCGUAGGAAGUUGCACAGGAGUCUGUUCGGGUGCUGCAAUUAUCACAACCGGUGGACUCGGCGCCGUCGGAGUUCCAGCAUGCCUCGAAGCCUGUGUCACGGGAUGUCUGGCCGUUGGUGUCACCCGGGCACCC